AUGCUACCGCAUGGUGCACAUGCAAUAGUAAUGGAUUAUUAUGUUACUAUGCCACUCCAUGGUUUUCAAGUUGGUCAAAGUGGUUCACUCGAUGGUGCAUUCUUAAAUCAUAUUUCUCAUGUUCGGAUACAAUAUUAUCAGAUCUAUGGUCCAAAUGAUUAUCAAUUUGAUUUUCCAGAAGGUAGAAAUCCUCAAAAUGAUGCAUCCAUUAUUAUAAAUACGACACGUUUACAAUUACUAAUUGAUAAAGCUUUAGAAGAAAUGGAACUUGAGGAAUAG